AUGACCACAAGCAAAAAUACUAUGAUAAAAACUGCUCUAAUUACAGGCAUCACGGGUCAAGACGGUGCCUAUCUUGCUGAACUUUUAUUAGCCAAAGGCUAUAUUGUCCAUGGUGUUAAGCGAAGAUCAUCUUCCUUUAACACGGGUCGGAUUGAUCAUCUUUAUCAAGACCCUCAUAUUGAUCAUCGUAAUUUUAUUUUGCACUACGGUGAUAUGACAGAUUCAACCAAUUUAAUUCGAAUCAUUCAAGAAGUACAACCUGACGAAAUUUACAAUCUUGCGGCUCAAAGUCAUGUUCAGGUUUCUUUUGAGACACCUGAAUAUACAGCAAACGCCGAUGGUUUAGGAACUUUAAGAAUUUUAGAAGCGAUACGUAUUUUAAAUUUGGAGCAAAAAACUAAAUUUUAUCAAGCCUCAACCAGUGAAUUGUACGGUAAAGUUCAUGAGACCCCCCAAUCUGAAACAACCCCCUUUUAUCCGCGCUCACCUUACGCUGCGGCAAAAUUGUAUGCCUACUGGAUUACGAUUAAUUAUCGGGAAGCUUACAAUAUCUUUGCCUGCAAUGGCAUCUUAUUUAAUCACGAAUCGCCAAUCCGUGGAGAAACCUUUGUCACACGAAAAAUCACACGGGCGGUUUCUAGAAUAUCUUUGGGCUUAGAAUCGAAACUAUAUCUUGGUAACCUUGAUGCGAAACGGGACUGGGGUCAUGCUAAAGACUAUGUUCGUGGGAUGUGGUUGAUGUUGCAAGCAGAUAAACCAGAUGACUAUGUUUUAGCAACAGGUAUUACAACAACGGUACGAGACUUUGUUUCUACUUGCUUUGGCAAAGUUGAUAUUGCUAUAGAAUGGCAUCAUCGUGGUACUGAUGAAAUUGGUAUCGAUUCUAAAACAGGACAGACAUUAAUUGAGGUUGAUCCACGUUACUUUCGGCCUACCGAAGUAGACUUACUGAUUGGUAAUGCCAAUAAAGCCAAACAAAAACUAGGUUGGACCCCUGACUAUGAUCUUGCUGGAUUAAUAGAUGACAUGAUGACAGCAGACCUAAUACUAGCUAAAGAAGAACAACAAACAACAAAAUAA